AUGAGGGGGCUCGUCCUCUGCUGCCUUGUCGCCCUGGCCACAUGUCAGAGUGUCCGUUAUGACUUCAGCCUGAACCCCAAGAAAACCUACGAGUACAGAUAUGAGGGACUGGUCAGUUUUGGUCUGGGGAUGCCCAACAUGGCGGAGUCCAGGGCCAAGAUAACGUGCAAGGUCAAGAUUAUCGGCGUGACUGCACAGACUUUCCUUCUUCAGAUUUCCGAUUUGGCCUUCGAGGAGUUUAACGGCUUCCCAGGGAAAACCAGCUUCACCGCUGCACCCAAACUCACGCAGCGCAUCUCAGCCCAGCUCGUCAAACCCUUCAUGUUCGACUUUGCCGGCGGGCAUGUGGGCAACAUCCACGCCUCAGCUGAGGUAUCCGACACCGUUGUCAACAUCAUUAGAGGCGUCCUCAGCUUCUUCCAUGUCACCGUCAAGACCACCCAGAGAGUGUACGAGCUGGAGGAGGUUGGAAUUCAUGGCAUGUGUCAGAGCAACUACGCCAUCGAAGAGAACCAGGAAACGAGGGACAUGACCGUCACUCAGGUUGUGGAUGUCACUAACUGCAGGGAGAAGGCAGCAAAGUACAGCGGCAUGGCGACGGCUGUGCUCGACGACAUUGCUAAACAGAAAGGGAGCUCCAUCGUUUCAACCAUGAGAUACGUAUACACGAUCAAAGCAACAAGCGAGGGAGGUCAGAUUUCCCGGGCUCGCGGCUUGGAGCAACAACUCUUCAGUCCUUUCAAUGUGAAGGGUGGAAGCUUCAAGAUGAAAGCCGCUAAGGAAAUCAUACUGCUGGAUGUGACCGACACACCUUCAGCUGUGACCGUUAGUCCCAUGGAAAACCGAGGCAACAUUGUCUACAAGUUUAUGGAUGCAACAGCUCAUCUUCCCAUCGUCAUGCAGAACUUGGAUGAUCCGGUGUCAAAGGCUGUUGAGUUGGUGAAACGACUGGCUGUAGCCAAUGCCUACCAAAUCGACAGCUCGACAUCCGAGGACACGAUAAAGCUCUAUCAACUCCUUCGCAUGGUGCCUUGCGAAGGACUAGAAGUUAUGUGGAGGCAGUUUGCCGCAAACGACGAGCACAGACGAUGGUUUCUGGACACCGUUGUGGAAGUCAGCGACGCCAGAAUCCUGAAGUUCCUAGAGACCAGGUUCCACGCCGGAGACUUAUCUGCAUCCGAAGCCGUGCAGACGCUCUUGCUGGCAUUCCAUCACCUCAAGGCUAUUCCGGAACUGGUUGAGAUGGCUAAAAUGUUCCUGAGCGUGCCGUUCAGCAAGUCCAACGUCUAUGUGUGGCACACGGUGGUGCUUUCUUAUGGCUCGUUGGUGUACAAGUACUGUGCAAACUACACACCUUGUCCACUGGAUGCUGUUCAGCCGCUGCUUGACUUGGCCACAGAGAGUUUCAGGAAUAAAAACGAGGAUGACAUGGUUCUGGCUCUCAGGGCUCUGGGCAAUGCGGGCCAUCCAGGCAGCAUUAAAACCAUCAUGCGCUUCCUGCCGGGAGUGGCUGCAAACCCGGUCGAUCUCCCGCCACGUGUGCUGAAUGCUGCGGUGCAAUCCAUGAGGCUGAUUGCGCCACGAGACCCCCACACUAUCCAAGACAUCAGCAUGAGUCUUUUCCUGCAAAAGGAGCUUCCUACCGAGAUGCGCAUGUUGGCCUUUAUAAUCCUCUUUGACACAAAGCCGCCAAUGGCGCUGGUGUCCACUGUGACUGCGCAUCUACAGGAGGAAAAGGACCUUCAUGUUGUUAGUUUUGCGUAUUCCUAUCUGAGAAGCAUGGCCAGAUCCAGAACUCCCGACAAUACUUUCCUGUCUACUGCCUGCAGCAUUGCUGUGAAAAUCCUGGCCCCGAAAUAUGGUCGCCUGAGCUAUCACUUCAGCAGGGCAGUUCGCUUCGACUGGUUUAAUGACGAUUUCCUCAUCGGAACAGCAGCAGAAGGCUUCAUGCUCAAAAAUGCAAGAGAAAUCUUCCCCACUGAAGUCACCAUGAAAGGGAAACUUUAUUUCAUUGGUAGAAUUCUGCAGCUUCUGGAGUUGGGUUUCCGCGCUGAUGGAAUCAAGGAUAUCUUUGGCUCCAGCAUCCCAGGAUUCAAAGGAGAUUUUAGUUUGAGUGACUUUCAGGCUAUUUAUCAUCAGCUCCAAAACUGGGAGACCCAACUCAAGGGCAACAAAACUCUUCUUCAAGUCUAUUCUCGUGCUUCUGGACAAGAGUGGUUCUACGCUGACAUCAACAGAGAGUUUGUUCGCAGUGUUAUCGAUGCUAUUAGUCCAUCCGGAGGCAAAGGUAGCCCGGUGUGGGCGGCCAUUGAGAAUUUACAGAAGGGAAUUUCCUGGCAUCGGACAAAGUCCUUCUUGAUCUUUGAGGUUCGCUAUUUCCAAGCUACCAGUCUUGGUCUACCACUGGAAAUCAGCAAAUAUUACCACGCUCUCAAUGGAAUCACUGUCAAUGCAAAAGCGGAAAUAAAUCCACCACCGACCGAGCGCCUUGGACAACUCUUGACAUCGGAAAUAUCACUGGAGACGGAUGGUUUUGUUGGUUGCACAAAGGAUUUCUGGGUGUUCUAUGGGAUCAACACAGAACUAUUCCAAAGCGGUGCCGAGAUGAAGAGCAAAAUACCAACUGCUAUUCCAUGGAAGUUGUCUGGCAAGGUUAAUGUCCGAGAAAAGAAAUUUGUACUGGACGUCCCUUUGAGCAAAAAGGAAGUUCAACUCAUCUCAGUCAGCUCCAAUGUUUACGCAGUCUCUCGGAACAACGAAGAGCCAGCGUUGUCUAAAAUAACCCCCAUGAUGCCCAGCGCUAUCGACUCGAAUGACGAAGUUGUCCGAAUGGAUCCAGCAGUUGUCCAGCCUGAAACAGGAGCGCCAAACACCUGGCAUCCAAAGGUCAAAAUGUGCACUGAGAGCAACAUUUACGGGGCAGGUCUCUGCGUCGAAUCCGAGCUGAGGAGAGAAUAUUACCACGAGGAGUACCCCUUGUACUAUUUCCUCGGAUACACCAAUAUGGCACUCAAAGCAGUCCCAGUUCAGACCAACAAAGCCGUCGACAAGAUCCGCAUUGAGGUGAAUGCUGGACGGAGCCAUCACCCGACCAGCACCCAAGAACUCCUUGAAACUCUGAGGAAGCUAACCAAGGAAGCCGCUAUGAAAGUUCAAAUGUCCUCUGAGUCAGCAUCAAGCGAAAUCGACUCCAGUCGUCAUGACACUAUGUUGAACUCAACACCUGAAGUUGUGUUCAGCAUCCGAGCCCUCGCCAUGGCGGGGAACCAGAAGCCUGAAGGUUAUGACACAGCUGUUUACUACACGCCCGAGUCCAAACUUCAGAGUACCCAACUGAUUGUGUCCCAGGUUGGAGAUAGCACCAACUGGAAAAUGUGUAUGGACACUGCGUUGGAUAAUCGUGCGGAAGCAAAGGCGCAUAUUAGAUGGGGAGCUGAAUGUCAGUCCUUUGAAAUGUCACUGAGAGCUGAUACGGCACGCCUGCCUGGUUCCAAGCCAACGCUCAAGGCCAAAGUACACUGGACCAGAAUUCCAGACGACAUGGUAGAGUUGGCCAGAUGUGUCGAGACGUACAUCCCAGGCAUGGCUUUCCUUCUUGGCUUCAAGCAGCAGCAUGAAAGAAAUCCGAAGCAGGAAGUUUCCGCUUCACUUGUUGCAUCCUCGGAAGACAGCAUCAACGUGCGGAUCCAAUUCCCAGAGUACACAGUCUACCGCCAGGCCAUCCCAGUUCCCUUGCCACCUGCCAGUCUGCAGGAUUUCAAAUACAACACAACAAUGGAGAACCUUGGAUACAUGUAAUACCAAAGAAAAAGCAGAGGAAUGUUCCACCAAAAGACGCAACCAAAUUCUCACCCCCGUGAUGAAAGGGAGUCUCAUUAAAGAUGUAUCAAUAAUCCCUUAAAUGUCAGCGGUUUGGAAAUAACUUAUAAAAAGGUCC